AUGCACUCCUUCAAAUUCUCCACAGUCGCCGCUGCGGCGCUUUUCUUUUUGUCGGCCGUCAGCGCAGAAUCUCAUGCCGCCAUGGCAAGAAGGCACAUGCAUGUCCACGCCCACAAGAGAGGAGAGAUCACAAAACGCUCGACAUGCGAAUUCCCUAAAGAUGCUGGUCUGAUCGCCGUAACACCAGGAGAAAAGAACGCUGGAUGGGCCAUGUCCCCAGAUCAACCGUGCGAGCCUGGGAUGUACUGCCCAUAUGCUUGCCCCCCAGGUCAAUUGAUGGCCCAAUGGGAUCCUAGUGCAAAGACAUACUCAUACCCACAGUCAAUGAAUGGAGGCCUUUACUGUAACGAGGAUGGCGAGAUCGAAAAGCCAUUCCCUAAGAAGCCCUACUGUUAUGAUGGUGCUGGAACUGUUAGCUGCAAGAACAAGGCUGGCGGUCAGGUCUCGGUUUGCCAGACCGUCUUGCCAGGUAACGAGGCAAUGCUUAUCCCAACCCUCGUUGAGAGCAUGUCCGAUCUCGCAGUGCCUGAUACAUCUUACUGGGCCGGAACUGCAGCACACUUUUACAUCAACCCUCCAGGUGUCAACCCUGAAGAAGCAUGUGUCUGGGGAACCAAGGACAAGCCAGUUGGCAAUUGGUCUCCUUACGUUGCCGGUGCAAACGAAGUGGACUCUGGCGUAACUUUCGUCACAAUCGGCUGGAAUCCCAUUUACAUCGAGCCCGAUGUCACCUUCAGGGAUGUCAUGCCUGAUUGGGGUGUCAAGAUUGAGUGUGAAGGUGGAAAGUGUGGCGGUCUUCCCUGCUACAUUGAUCCCAACGAGCACAGUGUCAACGAAGUCUCACAGAAGAACCCACCUGGCGCUGGCGGAGCAAACUUUUGCGUUGUUUCUGUACCCAAGGGUGCAAAGGCAAACAUUGUUGUGUUCAGCAAAAGUGGCAGUGGUGGUGGGAAAACCGAGAGCAAAUCAUCUUCCGCGUCCUCUGCCAAAGCUACACCAACUCCAACUAAAUCUUCAUCCUCUGCUAGCAAGACCUCAGAGGCUAGCAGUACGGCGUCAGCCAAGAAGACUUCAAAGACGGAAUCUCCAUCCUCGACUAAGGAUUCGGGCCCGAAACCCACUAGCACUAAAGGUGACGACGAUAAGGAGGAUAAGGAGGAGGAGGGCCACGAGGAGGAGGGCCACGAGGAGGAGGGCGAACAGGGCGAGAACGACUCAGAACAUGAAGGCUCUGGUGAUUCCGAAAACUCCGGCGACGACGAGCACUCAGGCGACGACGAGCACUCCGGCGACGAUGAAGAAUCCGACGACUCAGCAAUCCACCCCGAUGAUGGCGCCGAAUUAUAUGUCGUUGAUGAGAACGAGGCUUCAAGCGGAUCGUCUUCUGAAACUACUGGAUCUUCAAAGGAUGCCACCGGCGCUGCCUCUGGCAACGAAAAUGGGAGUGUCAUCACUGUUGGUCCCUCAUCAUCAUCAACUGAUCAGCCACUGAGCUCUGGUGGAUCGAUAUUGUUCUCAAGUGCGACAUCUGUGGCAAUUUUCAGUAUAUUUUCUACUUUGGCUAUUUUUUUGUAA